AGGCCCCGGCUCGGCGACCAUGGCUCUGUCCACCUGUCGCGUCCUCUGUUUUCGGCUGGGGCCCGGUCAGGAGCUAGUUGCCGAGCUCACCGCUAGGUGUCAGCAGGCGGGCCUGAGGGCGGCCUUCGUCGUCACCUGUGUGGGCAGUGUGAGCGGCUGUCGACUGCGACUAGCAUCGACUCCGGACGGGCGAACAGACACGUAUAUGGACAGCAGCGAGUUUCUGGAGAUCUGCGGACUGGUGGGGACCGUAUCGCCGGACGGCGCGCACCUUCACGUGACCCUAGGUCGCGCCGACGGCUCGACGCUGUCCGGUCACGUGAUGUCACUGACGGUUCAGACGACGGCCGAGCUGGUGGUGGGCGAGGCAGAGGACUUGGAGUUCUGCCGGGAGGAGGACACCGGUACCGGAUACCGCGAGCUGGUGGUCAGAGAGAGAGAGAGAGGACUGACGCGGGGCUCAGAGAUUAGCCCCGAUAAAUGA